UCACACAGCCGUCACUGUUUGUUUUGCCCUGUUGUUGGGUUUGUUGUAGGCGGCCUUUGGUUUAUUGAUUUCAACCCGCCAGAUUGCCGAACGCUGAAUGCCGACUGGCACGCGAUAUGACUCGCCGGCCCCCAACCCAAGGACAACCACCCAGCCAUUUAUCAAGUUGUAUCGUCCCGCCGCAUUUGGCGACCCGCUCCUAACGCGUUCUCCCGGCUGGCGACCAAAACACCGCCACCGCCUGGAAUUCAAAUCCAAACGGCCCGCACUACCAUUCGCUGGGCGUCUAUCAACAAACACGGUGCUUGUUUAUCUGCGAAAUUAUCGCGAAAUAAUGUCCGGGCGAGGCGUGGGAAAUUCGGCCAACUGUGACCGCGACGAGAUGGGCGAAGCCGCUGGAAUCUCCACUGAAAUCUCCGCCAGCGAAACGGACAACGCCACCGCCCUGGAGCUGCAGUCGAACAAGCGCGUCCUGUACUUUAGCGACGGUGUGAUGGAGGAGAUGUCCUCCGAUAGCGAGGACGACCAGGACAGAAACGGCGAUGAGCCGGACAAGUGCUAUGCCGUCCAGCUGGAAGAGCGCGAUAUGGCUCUGGGACCACGCCUACGGUACAAGGCCAGCUGGAUGGGUAACCGAUUUCUGGCCGGCAUCGACUAUGUGGGCGGCGGCCUUGCCUCCCUGCUGGGCAUCACGAACAACCACAAAUACGCCAGCGAGCUGGAGAGCUACCAGCGCACCAAGGAAGAGUCGGCCGCCGAGGACCUUGACAAUUGGCUAGCGACGCCGCCAAACAACAACAACAAUAACGGCCAAAACGAGACCAUCGUUCUGUGCGGCCCCACACGCAGCGAGGCGACCUUGCCACCCAGUCGGCAAUGAAACUCCUCCCUUAAAUGGGUGGUAGGUGGUAGCGUGUGGCAGGUGACAGGUGGUUUUUUCCUGUUGCCUCCCCAAGACGGAAAAAUGCUCAUAGAGUUAGGCGGCCGACAACUUUGAGACUAAAGUUUUCAAAGCAAGAUCUUAACUUUCGAUACUUUAUUCGCUAGCAAAUAAGUUACAUUUAAAAAUAUAAAAAAAUACACGUACGAAAUACA